GAAUUUGUAAGUAAUAGCGGAUGAAUCUUUUAUGACUGGAAAUAGUGCCGUCGGUUGUUUGUUGAGAUAAUACUUGUGUCGCAUCAAACAUUAUCACGCUCUAGACGUUUGUAUUGACGUUUUGUACCAAGACGAGGUAUUGAUAUAGUUCUGGCAUAAGUAACCCUAUUUCUUGAGUUAGUCGCUAGUGUUUAGAUGUAAAGGACUAUUUUUGACAGACUGCGUCAGUGCGUCUGUUGGUGUGCGAACCGCAAGCUAGGUAUAUCGAGUUUAUGGUAGUGCCCAACCCAUUGCAGGGAAAGUCGGUGCGGUGGUUGAAAGUGUCGUGUUCUGCUAUACAUGGAUAUAGUGAUACGUUUCUAAAGUGAGCAGGCGCCAUGCCAGAGGAGAGCAAGGUCCCCGAGGUGGAGGCGGCCGCGGAGGCCCACAACGGGCCCGCGUCGCCGUCGCCGUCCAAGAAGGAGGCGGCCAGCAAGGGCAAGACUGUGCUGGCGAGGGUCACCCUGCUCGACGGCACGCUGCUCGACAUCAACAUCGACCGUAAGGCACGGGGACAGGACCUGCUGGAUCGAGUGUGCGAGCACCUCAACCUACUGGAGAAGGACUACUUUGCGCUGACCUACGAGGACCGCCAUGACCCACAGAACUGGCUCGAGUUGGACAAGCGCAUUGGCAAGUUCAUAAAGAAUGAGCCAUGGAAGUUCAACUUCCAAGUGAAGUUCUACCCACCGGACCCUGCCCAGCUUCAGGAGGACAUUACCAGAUACCAUCUCUGCUUGCAGAUAAGAAAUGACAUUCUCAUGGGGAAGCUGCCCUGCUCCUUCGUGACCCACGCGCUGCUGGGCUCGUACCUGGUGCAGUCGGAGAUAGGCGACUACGACCCGGAGGAGCACGGCCGCACCUACCUCAAGGACUUCCGCUUCGCGCCCGACCAGACGCCGGAGCUGGAGGAGAAGGUCAUGGACCUCCACAAGCAGCACAAGGGCCAGACGCCGGCGGAGGCAGAGCUGCACUACCUGGAGAACGCCAAGAAGCUGGCUAUGUACGGGGUGGACCUGCACCCUGCCAAGGACUCUGAAAACGUCGACAUCCUGCUGGGGGUGUGCGCGUCAGGGCUGCUCGUCUACAGGGACAGGCUGCGCAUCAACAGGUUCGCGUGGCCCAAGAUCCUGAAGAUAUCCUACAAGCGACACAACUUCUACAUCAAGAUACGGCCGGGGGAGUUCGAACAGUACGAGUCCACCAUCGGCUUCAAGCUGGCCAACCACAGGGCGGCCAAGAAACUGUGGAAGGUCUCCGUCGAGCACCACACUUUCUUCAGGUUGAUGACUCCUGAGCCUGCCCAGAAGGGUGGGUUGUUCCCACGCUUUGGCUCAAAGUUCCGCUACUCUGGCCGGACGCACUACGAAACAAAGAAAUCCGUCAUCGAACGACCGGCUCCCCGCUUUGAGAGAAGUUUAAGUGGACGUGGUCUUACCUCACGCAGCAUGGAUGCCCUGGCCGGGCCGAAGCAGCAGUACGAGGAUGACUUCAACAAGCGCCACACCAUGUCCCAUCCCCCGGAGCACAUCCCGGACAUGGAGCACAUCGACGACAAGCCCAAGGCUGUCCGGGAUCUCAAGAGGAAGGAGGAGAAGCUGAAAGAGAAGCUGGAAAGGAAGUCCAGCACUGGAACCACGUCUGCCAGCUCGUCCAGCUCCAUGGAGGGGGAGUACGAGGCAGGCCGGGAGGAGGACGGCCGCAAGUCCGGCACCGAUACCGACGAGGGCGAGAGCAAGCCCAAGAAGCCAGUGGGCGGGGUGGCAGUGCUGCCAACCGGGGCGCUCAGUUUUGGCAAGUCAAAGAAGAAGGACAAGGACAAUAAGGACAAGGAGAAUGUUGCGAACGAGGCAGACAACAGAGACAGAGAUGAAGAGAAGGAGAACCGCCGGGGCAAUGAUGCUGUGUCUGUAACCCUGUCAGCCGGGGACAAGUCUCCCGCAGGCAAGAAGGACAAGAAAGAUAAGGAGAAGGAAAAGAAGGACAAGGAGAAGAAAGAUAAGGAGAAGAAAGACAAAGGCAAGGAGAAGGAAGAUAAAGAGAAAGACUUUGAAAAAGAGAAAGGUGAUUCGGACACUGAAACAGACAAAGAUAAAGAUGGGGAACGGAUCAAACUGAAGACACCUGCAUUUCUUUUUGGCAAGGGUUCACCAAAAGAUAAGUCCAAAACAUCACCCAAAGAAAAAGAUAAAAAUAAAUCUCCAAAAGGCAAAGACAAGGACUCUCCAAAAGGCAAAGAUGGCGUUGUUGUUCUUGAAGGUAAAGAUUCAGAAAAUGAGAAAGCAAAAAAAGAGAGAGAGAAGAAAGAGAAAAAAGAGAAAGAUAAGAAGGAGAAGGAGAGAUUGGAAAAGGAGAAAAAAGAGAAGGAAAAGCAGGAGAAGGAAAGGAAAGAAAAAGAGAAGAAGGAGAAGAAAGAGAAGGAGAAAAAGGAAAAGAAAGAGAAAGGUAAGAAGAAAGAUGGAAAGGGAAGCACGGAAGUGGUGACAGAGUCUGAGCCAUCAUCGGCACAGACAAGCCCGGAGAAGGAAGGGAGCGAAGCAGGCAAGAAGUCACCAGUGGCUGGGGGUGGACCUCCCCAGGGCUCGCCGCAGCUGCCCGGAUACACCCGCGAGUACGACUACGUACAGAAAGACAGCGAGACCCCGACACGAAAAUUCUUGCCACAGGGCCAUGGCUUCUCCUACGAAGAGCGCCAGCGCCAAGAGGAGCUUCAGGCAGCGGCCGACGACAACCGUUCCCCUUCGGGGGGCAAGCGAGUAACUGGCCUGGCCUUCAACUACGCACCGGGGGAGGACAAGAAGGUCGCGGAGACGGCAGAGAAGCGCAAGACGGCUCUGGAAGGCAAGGAUGGCGAGCCAGUUCUCAUUUCCAUUCGCACUCCAGGAGUCGACUACGUGGAGAGUGCAGCGAGGAGAGAGCAGGCGAGAGCUGCCGGGGCAUCUCCAGACGUGGGUAGGAUACUCGACCAGUCGUCCACAGCAACGGGAUUCCCCUAUGGAGCGGUCUACGCCGGAGCUGGCGACCAGAAGUCGAGAGUGUUGCAAGACGCUAGUGCUGCACUCAUUGCCAACGAGUCGACUCGUUACCCUGUGGAUGCGUACGGGAGGCACGUGGAAGGAGCAGGAGGUUACGUGAUUGGGCCUGAUGGCAAACAAGUGUUUGUGGUUGGUGCAGCAGGGGAUGGUACUCUCACAGGAGACAUGAAAAACUUGCCUGCAGGUACUUUUGCAUACACAGUACCAUCAGCAGAUGGCAAAGGACAGCGAGGUAGCCAACUACCGACAGGCACAAGCACAUUUGGUGUGCCUGCAGAUGGGCGAGGAAAGCAGUUAUUGGAAGGAAGCGCACCUUCUGGUACCUUUACGUACACUGUCUCCUCUGGCGAUGUCAAAGGGCAGAUGCCAAGAAGUGGCCAGUUGCCCGAAGGCACUUUCACAUCUUCAGUGUCACCUGGAGAUGGCAGGGGGCAGUUGGAGGGAAGUAACCUGGGCCAACUACCUACAGGUGCGUACGUUUUUGCUGGGUCUCUACCAGCAGACGGUAAAGUGGAAGUCCAAGGCAGUACCCAGCUGCCUGCAGGUACAUUUGCAUACACAGUACCUGCAGCGGGAGAUGGUAAAGUGCAGAUAGUAGGAAGUGGCCAGCCACCUUACGGUACGUCAGCAUAUUCAGUACCAUCGGCGUACGAAAAAGGGCAGCCAGUAGGAAUAAACCAAUCACCUACUGGUACUUUUGCAUACACGGUACCUGCAUCAGGAGAUGGCAAGGGGCAGCCUCAAGGAAGUGGCCAGAUACCUGCAGGUACGUACAUACUCACUGGAACACAAAGUGGGGAUAGAAAAGGCUUACCUUCGGAAAGCAGCAAAUCACCAGCAAGUAAUCGUGCUUCUUCCGGCGAUGGUAAAGCUGCAUCGUUGGGAAGCAACAAGUCGCCGGUGGUUGGCUUGCGAUUCCUUCCAGCCUCUCCGAAGGAUGCGCGAGAGCUUCCGUUGGGGGAUAAUUCGUACAUGGUCAUAGACAAGCACACGGGUAAGCCGGUGAACCCGUCCACUCUUGGCGGUGUGUUCAUGAUCUCCAAGACCAAGAAGGACAGUGCAGACAAGAAGAAGAAGGGUAAAGGCUCGAUCUCAGGGAGCGACGGGGAAGUGGGUUCGAGUAGUGACGACCUGUCGGACUACGGGGAGGGCAAGGGCGACGUCUCGCGGGAUCUGGCGGGUGCUGCCAAACUCAAGAUCCCCAAGUCCUCCAAGAAGUCAAAGAAAGAGGGUACGGAGGAUGCCGGCUCAACGCCAAAGAUCGUAAAGACGACGACGAAGCAAGUGGUUGUCAAGGACAAGGAGGGGUUGACACAGAACAUAGAAGAAAAGGUGGAAGAUCUGACGCCAGGUGGGACCGGGGCCUUUACGCUGUCCACUCAAGUGAACAAGGCGGAAGGCUUGGAUGAUGGAGGCCGCUCACCUUUCAUCACAGCAACUGCAGUGACGACCAGGACUGCCACCACAACAGAGGAUAAGGAGAAAAACGCCAAGACGAGUCAGGUGGAGGAGAAAACGGUGGCGCACACGAUGACAACUAGCGCCACUCGGCAGGAGAAGCGAGUGGUGACUCAGGAGGUCCGAGCCACAUCCACAGUUCUCAGCAACGAUGCUCAGGUACACUCUCGGCAUUCUAGUACCUCUAGCACCAGUUCCAAUGACUCUGGGACGCCCAUCGACUUUGAAGAUCCAGCUGCAGACAACCUCUUCUAUGCCAAUGGAGCCACUGCAUACAAGGGGGGCGGCGCGCAGCCCAUCGUGGCCACGGAGAGCAUGGUGUACGGGGACCCGUCGGCGGUGUCCUUGCACAGCACCACGCAGGUGCCGGUCGUGGCCACGGAGAGCCGCAAGGUGGCCCUGGAGUCGGACGACGGGAACUACUCUGCCUCCGGCGAGAUCGUCAGCUCCCAGACCAUCAGCAGCAAGACGCGCACCGUCGAGACCAUCACUUACAAGACGGAAAAGGACGGGGUGGUGGAGACGCGGGUGGAGCAGAAGAUCACCAUCCAGUCGGACGGGGACCCCAUCGACCACGACCGCGCCCUGGCCGAGGCCAUCCAGGAGGCGACUGCCAUGAACCCUGACAUGACCGUCGAGAAGAUAGAGAUCCAGCAGCAGACUGCGCCCCAGUGAGGCUUCCCCUGGCUGCUUCGCAUGCUUCUCUGCAUAAUUCAAGAAUUAAAAUUUUUUCCUGGCGUAAAUAAAUGUGCGAGUACGAGUAGCAUGUGUAUAAUACUCAUACACCAUCAUGUUACUAAGAUGGUGAUGUUUCAGAGAACUUACCGCCUGAACAGUUGUAAAGCAAAAUAAAAAAAACUUCCUUUUUAAAAAAAAGUUUUUAAACAGAAAUGAAACAUAAUGAAUUGCCAUAUAUCAUGUAUUAUGAAACACCCGUUCACAAUAAGUGUGUGUAUGCCUUUCUUUAUGAUUGCCAGCAAAUGCCGCUAGACCUCCACUGAAUCGGGUCACUGUUUGCAGUUGGGCGCUUUUCUUUGACACUUUUUCUCGUGUCGCUGAUGCUUCACCGGUGUCCUCCUGUCUUUGGCACCACCGCCUCAUUCCCACACGCUUGGCGUGCCUGUAAAGAUAAUGUUAAAGAUUCUAUAAUGCAAUCUCUGUGUGAUAUAGCGAUGAGGUUCUGAUUGGUGGGCUCACUUGGGGAGCACAGAGCUAGUAUAUGACAAUAUUGCUGUACAAUGUUAUAUUCGCUGUAUUAAUUUUGCCAUUUAUGAAGAUGAGGGUGGGAUUUCAUAACGUAUAGUUUGCCAAACUGGAUGCAUUAAUGCAGAGGUUGUUCUGUAGUGAGGGAUUUGAUAAUAUCCAAUGGUUCACAACUUCUAUAUUAUGUAUGGGUGAGAAUGCAUGUUUUUCAGCUUCUUUCAAAAGCUGUCUGGAUUGAAAAUUUAUAUUUGGUGUUAAAAGAUUUAUAAAAUUGGUGAUGUAAUCUCCCAACCAUUCUUAAAGUUAAUAGCAGAAACAGGUUUUUAAUCUCCAAUGCAAUAUUAAUGUUGUGUUUAGAAUUUUUUUUUUUUUAUUUUUUAUUUUUUAUUUUUUUUUACACAAUACUUCUCGAUUUCACAGUUUGAGUUUUCAUUUACUCAUUUAUCUAUAAUUAAUUAGGUAUUGUUUACCAUCAAACUGUGUUUCAAAAUCUCUGUUGCUAUCUUCAUGUGUGAGAAUACUAUACUUUCUGCAAUCUGCAAAGAAAUGGUUAGUUUUUUUUUUUCUUUUCUUUUCUAUCUGUAAUGACAGCAAUUGAUUUUUUGACAGUGGUUGUGAAUUUAAGUUUUUCAUUGGGAAGUAACUGGGGUUAAUGAAAUAGGUUAUGGUGUGGCAUUCUGCAUGUGUUUGUAGACUGGCAAAGCUAAUGUGCACAAAUGAAAAUGAAUCUAAACACAUAUGUGAAGAGCUGGAUUUUUUUUUUUGUUGGUAUAACUUUGUCAUGCCAUUAACAAAUCUUUGCUAUAUUACUUUUCUCUCUUUUUUUGUUUCUACAUAGGAUAAGGGAGACUUUUUAUGAAGUAAUUGCUGAAUGCCAAGUUCGUUACAAUUUUUAAGAUAAAUUUGUGAAUGCUGCCUGCUUGAACGGCAAAGUAUUUCUACUGUGAAAAGUAUCUCUUUUAUUCAUUAGUAAAUAUUUUUAAAAAAAAAUUUGAGUAGUAUGUAAAAUAUAAAAAGAUGUUAGAUUAUUAUCAUGCAGUUUUGGUAUUUUAUGUCAGCUAGUAGCAAUGGAUGAAGCUUAAAAAAAUUAUAUUACUAUUAAAGUUUUUAAAUAUUUAAAUAAUUUAAGAUAUUUUCUUUUUAUCUUUAUUCCUGUCAGGUAUUCAGCCAGCAUGGUAAUUAAACUGCCAGUUACGUAAACUUAUACCUAAGGUAGCCUAAACAAUGAAACUCAAACACCAUCUUUGAUUUUUUAGUUUCAUAAGUUAAUAUUUUUUUGGAUUCAAAGAAUUUUUUUUUUUUAAAGUUGUAAUCAGUGACAUGUUUUCUGUACUCACAGAAGUAUUAAUUAAAAUGUGAAGUGUUAAGUGAUGACUCUGAUUAUGAAGCUUAUGACUGAAUUCGGCCAAGUUUAAUUUUGCUCAAUUUUGAAACUAUGAUUCAUCUGGCUAUUGGUACAGCAUGGCUUUGGAAGGUUGUCGAUGCCUACUUCCUUUGUGUGUGGUAUUUUAUUCCGUUCAUCAGCUGUUUCAGUUAACUGUGGUGUGUUUUAACAUUCCAGUCUUCACUUGGUGUCAGUGGUUACAUAGUCUGAUUUCUAAAUAAAAUGUAACAAGAGAGAGCCAAAUGUGAACGGUGCUGUUGUCCAUCCUGAAUUAGUUUUACGUUUUAUCCUUUCCUUAUUUUAUUUAAAAUAUAAAUGCUCAUUUGUAAUUAACUUCGCUUACAAUAGUUGGUUAUGUGGCAUGACAAUUGGAAAAGUACUUUUUUAUAAAUUGUGCUUUUGUUACUAUUUUUUUUAUUAUUAUUUUACUGACUACAAGUUGACACUUUGCCAUUGCUUGUAGGUGCUCACACUUCAGUUAAUAAAAAUAUACAAUUAUUAAGAAAACUAGAAUGUGAUGAAGGAAAAAUGUUUUUGACAAUGAAUUUUUUUUGUGUAUAUUUAUUUAAAAAAUUUUAAGUGUUCAAGACAUUUCCUGCUGUGGCCAGUUCCCCUCCCCCCCUUACUGCUUUUGGGUUGACCAGGUUACUGGGAAAAAGGAGUCAUGUUCGUUCAGAUGCAGAUAUGUGUACAGUGUACAUGAGAACUACCCAUAUCAUUAAAAAAAUAUCUUCAAAAUAAAAAGUUUGGGACCAUGUUUUUCAUUAGAAAAAACAACAAACUUGUUUUCAACUCAUCCCAAACAUCAAACAUUUUGGACUUGUGGACCAAAGAGAUUGUAAUUACACAGAACUGCACUGGUCACUUAUUUCCAUUUUAUCACCUGUUUUUUUUUUUUUUUUUUAUUAAAAAAAACCUGUCGUUCACCACAGUUUGUGUUUUGCUAGUAGCACAAAGAUGGCAGAUGCUUUGCGAGUACUGGGGGGACGAUUUCUUGACUUGCCCUUUGAUUGUGUGUCUGUGAUGAACGUGCUGUGUUGAGUCAGAUAUUUCUUCUGUACUUCCACUGAUUUCCAUGUAACGGCAGCUUUUUCCUUCGUUUUUGUCAAGGAUUUGUGGCAUUGUGUUGCAAUUUUUUUUUCUGCACAGCAUUUGUUGGUCUUUUUAGUGUUAAAAUAACUUUAAAAUAGUAGACACUAAUAUUAGAAGAUAAAUAUUUUUGUAUGUAAAAAAAAUCAAAGAUUUUUUUUCUUUUCAAUUAUUGUGUUAUUUAAGAAUACAUGUGAUUUUUUUAAGUUGUGUUAUUAUAGUACAUAGUUUGUAAAGUUCAUAGGUAGUUCAUCAUCUGUAAUAAAUUACGUAGAAAUAUUUUUUGAUUAUAAUAUGGCUGCUAUGCAAAUUGGCAAAACAUAUGCGCAGGUGAAAGAGGCAUAAAGAUAAAUAUAUAUAAUAAAUGUUGGAUCUUAAUGUCAGAUAUUUACAACUGUUAUAUUUUGCAAGUUCUUGCUUUGUGUAUACGUACUUGUAUUAACACCUGACGUAGGCGUGUCUUAUCUCGUACUGUUACAGUCUCUUUUGAAAACAAACAGAUCCAUGCUUUGGUUGAGAGAAGUAGAAUAUUUUUGGUUCAUUUUAUAAAAUUGUUUUAAGAGAAAUGCUUUUUUCACCUAACAUACAAAAAAACUUGGUAGCUUUUUGACAACUGAUCUUGGUAUUUUUGAGUCUUAAGAGCAGAUGUUUAAGGCUGUACUGUAUAAAGUAAAAAAAUUUUUAUUGGAUGUUUCUCUGCAUAUUUUAUUAAUUUAAAUAAAGAUAUAGCUAUUUUCUUUAUGUUCGUUUAGAAGAGAAAUGUUACUAUAAAACCCCACGCGUGUACAGCAAUGUAUUGCAUGUUAUAAGCAGAAUGGUAGUAUCAUGUAAAUGCUUAAAGCAACAAAAUAAAAUCUUUUUUUUU